UUUGUUUCAUUUUAUGGAUAGGAUUUGAUUUGAAUUUACCAUUAGAUGAAUAUGGUGCGGUUGACUUUGAUUACAUACAAAACCUCAUUGAAGUUCCCGUUGAAGUGCACCAUAGAAGGAAGGAUAUGACAGAAGAAGUCACAAGACAAGUGUACCCAGCAUUGUUGGCUAGAAGCAAGAAUGGGAGACUAGGCAAAAAGGAUACAAGAAUUGUUGCUGAUCAAUUUGGAGUGCACAUUCGGUCAGUUCAGCGCUUAUGGAAGCGAGGUAAACAACAACUUGCUCAUAACAUUCCUGUUGUGGUUGCAAGUAAAAAGAAGGGUAGAUGUGGCCGCAAGUUAGUCCCUCUUGAUUUGGAACAAUUGCGCAAUAUUCCUCUCAAACAAAGAAUGACCAUAGAAGAUGUGUCUAGUAAACUUGGUAUGAGCAAAGCUAGGAUACAAAGAUACUUGAAAAAAGGUUUGCUUAGGCGGCACUCUAGUAGCAUCAAACCAUACCUCACAGAUGCUAACAAGAAGACUAGGUUGAAGUGGUGCGUUGACAUGAUUGAGCACUGUUUGCUUGGUGAGCCAAGAUUUAAGGAUUUUUUUGAUUUUGUGUUCAUUGAUGAAAAAUGGUUCUACGUCUCUCAAAAAUCUGAAAAGUAUUACUUGCUACCCGAGGAAGAUGAACCACAUCGCACUUGUAAAAACAAGAAUUACAUCCCUAGGCUCAUGUUCUUAUGUGUUUGUGCUCGGCCAAGGUUUAGGAAUGGAGAAUGUGUUUUUCAUGGAAAAAUAGGUUGUUUUCCACUUGUCACUUAUGAACAUGCUGUUAGAAGAAGUCACAAUCGUCUUCGUGGAGAACAAGUAAUCAAGCCAAUUACUUCAAUCACAAGAGAGGUGAUUAGAGAUUUCAUGGUAAACAAUGUGUUGCCUGCCAUUCGAGCCAAAUGGCCAAGAGAAGAUGUGAACAAGACAAUUUUCAUACAACAAGAUAAUGCACCUUCCCAUUUAAAAGUGGAUGAUCCUAUUUUUUGUGAGGCUGCUAAGCAAGAAUGGUUUGACAUUCGUCUUAUUUGUCAACCGUCCAAUUCUCCGGAUUUUAACUUGGGAUUUUUUCGAGCUAUUCAAGCUAUUCAAUACAAGAAGGAUGCAAAAACAAUAAAAGAGCUAGUUCCAGUAGUCCAACAGGCAUUCUUAGAGUACUCUCCAUGGAAAGCAAAUAGGAUUUUUGUAACACUUCAGAGUGUGUUGAGGGAAGCCAUGAAAGUUAAAGGGUGCAAUAGGUUCAAGAUUCCUCACAUGCAAAAAGAAAAACUAGAAAAAGAAGAUCGACUGCCAUUGCAAAUCUCUUGUGAAUCUUCCUUGCUAGCCGAAGCAAUUGCUAGCCUUCCUGCAGCAAUUUAGAAGAAGCAUGUUAGUCUUUGUAGCAUGCUAGCCGAAGCAAAAAUAUUACUAGCAAAUUAGUUUCUUUGCAAGUACCUUACUGUUCUUUCUUUCCAUCUUCCAACUUCUUCAUAUUGUACAUCUCGUCCAACUUCUUGAUAACGUGCUCAGGAAGAAAUAUUGUGUCACCAUCCAU